GAAUUUCUAAGAAGUUGAUGUACUCACAACACUUUCUAUAAGACAGUCAAGCUCACUUAUUUAGUGCAAAAAAGCUAAAGAGGUGUCUAUCUUGGAAGUGAAAUUUGUAUCUAUAUUGAAUACUGCAGCUAGUUUGGUGAACAUCGAAGACGAGUUAACACAGCAAUGGCAGAAUAGAAGAAAUUCUCAUGAAGUGUACCUAGGCUUCGCAUCGAAUUUCGUAAGCAAUAAGAGGUUGCAGCUCUAUUUUGCUGAUUUGCUGCUGCUUUUAUGCCGGAAAAGAAACUUCCAGCUGCUAAAAGCACUAACGCGUUUUCUGACGCAUAACCAUACUCUUUUGACUAAGGUGUGGUCAGAUGGAGAACUCUUGUCGACAAUUGUUCGAACAGGAGAAAUUGAAAUAGUGUCAGUUUUGCGGGAAGCUGGUUGUCCUAUAAAGUGUAGUCAUCUGCACGAAUUAGCUACCUGUUAUUCUACACCUCUUCUGGAUGCGCUUUUGAUGGAGAAGGAGUAUGCUUUAACUGUAUUAGACCAGAAUCUGAUAAUCCAACUCAUCCAAGAGAGAUGCUGGAGCUAUUUGCUUAGGUGA